GGUCAGGGCACCGUGAAGGAGGAGGAGGCAGCUGGGUUCGGCAUCCGCCCCAUUCCCUCUGUGUGCCGAGGGUGUUGGAAGGACGGGACGAACCCACGGACCCUGCUCCGCUAGGGCUGAGAUCUAGCACAGCCAUGGCCUCCAGUGUGGGUGGCCUCGACAGCCUCGACCUGCUGGACCUCCUCUUCGACCGCGAGGACGGGAUCCUCCGUGGCGUGGAGCUGCGGAUGCCUGUGGGCUCCUGGCAAGAGGACGUGCAUGCUCAGAACGGCGAGGACUUCCUCAGCUCCAUCCUGGGCUCUGGGGACUCGGCGUCGGAUUCUCCUGGCUGGUCGCCAGCUGCCAGCGACAGCGGGGUCUCCGAGGACCCCCCCUCUGACCAGCUCGACAGCCCCCUGGGGUGCUGCGAUGGGGGGGCCGGCGAGGCCCCCUACCCCUACCGUGACCCUGGCCAGGCCCUGCCCCUGCUGGGGAUGCCGAGGGCCCCGCGCCCCGAAGUCUCCAUUGACCUGGACAUGUGGCACCCUGGUUACUUCCUGGAGGAGAGCCAGGACCCACCCGUGGCCCCUGCGCCCGCAUCCUGCACCCUCACCGUCAAGGACCUGCUGCUCUCGGGCAGCUCCGACCCCCAGCUGCCAGUGCCCAGCUCCCUGCUGCGGCACAGCCAGGGGCAGUGCCAGGAGCUGGUGCUGACAGAGGACGAGAAGAAGCUGCUGGCGAAGGAGGGGGUGUCCCUGCCCACCCAGCUGCCCCUCACCAAGUACGAGGAGCGGGUGCUGAAGAAGAUCCGGAGGAAGAUCCGGAACAAGCAGUCAGCUCAGGAGAGCCGCAAGAAGAAGAAGGAGUAUAUCGAUGGGCUGGAGAGCCGGAUGUCAGCGUGCACGGCCCAGAACCAGGAGCUGCAGAGGAAGGUCCUGCACCUGGAGAAGCAGAACUCGUCCCUCCUAGAGCAGCUGAAGAAGCUCCAGGCCCUCGUGGUGCAGUCGACCAACAAGGCAGCACAGACGGGCACCUGCAUCGCAGUCCUGCUGCUCUCCUUCACGCUCAUCGUCUUCCCCUCCAUCAGCCCCUUCGCCCCCAACAAGGCUGAGCCGGACGGUGACUUCGGACCAGUGCGAGUUUUCUCCAGGUCCCUGCACAAUGCGGCUGCCUCACGCGUGGCCUACGUGCAGCCCCAUCCCGGGGACGAGAAGCCCCCAGAGCCGCUGUGGCCAGAGCGCCCGGGAGAAGCCCCUGAGACCCUGCACGAAGCCUUUGGCAGCCACACGUUCCCCCCACGCCUGGACAGAGCCUCCCCCCGCAACAGCACACGGCCGCUCGCCCCAGAGGUGAUGAGCCGCGGCGAUGGGGAUGGCACUACACACCCAGGGGACAGUGCUGUGCCACCGCUUGCCUGGACCAAGCCCAGCCAUGUUGGCCCAACAGUGCUGGAGCCAGCUGAGGAGCUUUAAGCAGCACCCAGGAACGCGGGGGAUGCAAUGGGGUGGCUCAGCACCCCAUCCCCUAUGGGACAGGGCCUUGAGGUAGCCCCGCUGGUGUCCCCCCUCCAGGCAUGAGCACAGGCUGGACCCACUUGGUCUUGCUCAUAUCUGUGAAUUGGGAAGGGGCAACUGGUUCCCACUGACCUUAGGGGGAGGGAAGGGGCUACUCUCACUCCCGCAGGCAGCAGGAGUUAUAGGGAGACACUUGGGUCCCCCAGGAUGGGGACAAGGGGAUGGGAGGGGCACUGGGCUGGUUGGUCAUUGAUGUUGCAACUUGUUGGUUUUGUUCUUUUUUUAAGCUUCAUUUUAAUCUCUAAAUAAAAGGUAUUUUUGAACAAA